AUGAUCUGGCUCGCAAGAGCACCAACCGCCAAAAUCGCUUCUCAACUUCGCAUCCAGUCUAUACUCUCGCCCAUAGAACCCGAGGGCAGCAAGCCUCUAGAGAUAACUUCACAUCCUUUACCAAAUUCUAAACGAAAACUCGAAGAAGUAUCCCGUGCCCAAGAGGGCGCGUUACCGGCGUCAACAUGGCUUGUUCAUCGUAAUGAACAGCCCAGACCUGACGCCGGUGACAAUGGCCUAACAUGGAUACAGACACCAUCCAACUCUGAUGAGAGAGCUGGGAGGAGGAACUCAAGGGGGAAACCGCCGAUGAGAUCUAGCAUUGCAUGUGUGCGAUGUAGGAGAUCAAAGAUCAAAUGCGAUAAUGAUGGAGGAAAUAGUCCUUGCGACACUUGCAUCAAAGGAGGACAUCAAUGUCAAUAUCCCGAGCCAGCUCCUGCCCCAACGAAACGAAAUGAUCCUCCACCGACGAGUAAACCAGAGAAAGAGCCUCACCAGGAAAAGAAGAGAACAAAAAAGCUGGACGAUAUACCUGGUCGCAACAGCGAGAGAUCAGCAGCCUAUGCAGCAGAGAUUCUCGCAUAUCCCUUCUUGACAACUGAACUCUGGAGUCAGUUACUCAACAUCUACAAACAGCAUUAUGCUACGGAACUUCCCUUCAUACACCUGCCUUCUCUCAAGGAGAAGAUGAGCAGCGGAGUUGGACAAAAGCAAGACUCUUCAUCAGAGCUGAAUAUGGUACUACUCGGUAUCUUGACACUCACAUCUCGAUUCCACCCAGAUUUGGUGCGAUACGUGACACAUCUGCAAAAUUCUCAGCAUGGAAGCAAUCGAAUGCGCACACCACAAACCAAGUCGAACCCAGUUGCUACAUCUGACUUCUUUGCUACUGCCUUAACGACAGCCCUCGGCCCCCUACGGACAGCCAUGGAUACCAUCACCGUGGAGCGAGUUCAGGCAUUCUUAAUGCUUGGUUUAUUCGAGUGGAGUCAGGGACAUGAGUCGGCUUGGAUGUAUGUCGGUAUUGCAAUCCGGAUGGCCAAAAUCAUGAAGCUCGAGCUUGAUGACCAACGCAUGGGCUUGUUGGAUACCCAGACAUCUACGCAACGACAGUUUCGAACAAGGCCAGCCGAGGUCGCCAUCGUGAGAGAGACUCGACGACGAACAAUGUACAGCUGCUUCAUUCUCGAUCGCUUGAUGAGCUGUGGGAGUUACCGAGCCCUUAGUACUCCAGCUGAGAGUCUAAGAAUACAACUGCCGUGCUCUGAGAUGGCUUUUGAUCUGUCCCUCGAUGUCUACACUGGGUUUUUACGAGUACCUGAAGGUUUCCUCCAACCUCAAAUCAACGAUGAUAGCACUUUGAGCCAGUUUACCAAGCUGAUCGAGAUUUGGGGCGAUAUCUCAGCGUAUAGCUCGAGAGGUGGCCGUUUGCAAGAGGACUUCCCUCCAUGGAAUAGUAGAUCGAGGUUCUUCGAGCUGAGAGUCGACCUGGAGACAUUCUACGACGAAUUACCUGAUACAUUUGCCUUAUCACGACAAAACUAUUAUCGUCACGACAAUCACCAAGCUACCAAUACCUACGUCUCGUUACACAUGCUGGCUUCUAUCUGCCAAAUUGUUCUCAACCGAGAGUACUUACCAUUCCUGCCCCUUCGCUGUCAUGGACCACAGGGUGCUCUUGACGGAACACAACCCAUGCUUGAUCAUGCCCCAGAUGGAUUCUGGGAAGAGAGUGCAGAGGAAGUCUUCCGAGCUUCUCGUAAUGUCAUCGACUUGACGGAACUUUGCAAGGACAAGCUGCCUCUAUCAUCACUCUCCACAUUCUCCAUCUGGUUGGCAGGUUUCAUGGCGGUUUAUGCCCGACAUUUCCCCCAUAUGGACCUGAAGCAGAAAGUGACAAGCCAGCAUGUCGUUGAUUCGGUGGACAUGUCGAGUAUACUCGAGGAGGAGAUGGUGGGAACGGCCUGUCAGGCAUUGCGAAGAGCGACGGCGUACUUACCUGCUGCACAAAGCUAUUUGGACAACCUUGGGGCCACGAACCGAUACUUUUCGCAGGCCAGAAAUCCUGUUAGUCCAAGCCGAGAGAUCCGCCAUUCGGUGGAAGGUCCACAAGAUCGUAUGCAGAGAAUGGACAGCACACAUCGCCAUAGCAUGAGUCCAACAUUCUCAUCCACAAAGAGUAUGCAAGCGACGCUGGACGAGCCGCCCAAACCUACUCCUUCAACAUCCAAAAGCCAUCUCUCGUUGCCUGGAAUUGACGAGGGGUCUUGGGAAUCAGGCAAUCCAGAUUUCCUAAAUGGGAACAUUGAAGCAUUGGGGUCAAAACGGAUAAACGAAGUCUUGAAUGAUUUGGAAUCGUUUUCAGGCGCAGGUCGAUUGCGAGUAGCAUUUGGAGAGUAA